GAUAUCUGUGGGCAAACAAAUCAGUCGUCGUGCGAGUUUCCAACCCGAAAGUCUUACGGAAAAAUAUCGUCGAGAAUGGAUCGCUGGUCGAAUCGCGUUGCUGUUGUUACGGGUGCCAGCUCUGGCAUCGGAGCGGCCUGCUGCAAGGAUCUGGUGGCCAAGGGCAUGGUCGUCGUGGGACUGGCCCGUCGGGAGGAGCGUCUGAAGCAGCUGAAAGAAUCGCUGCCGGCGGAUCAGCAGGCUCGCUUCCAUGGCCGCAAGUGUGACGUCAGCGUGGAGCAGCAGGUGGUGGAUGCCUUCGCCUGGGUGGACGAGACGCUCGGAGGAGCCGAUGUCCUGGUGAACAAUGCGGGUAUUACCACCAGCUCCCUGCUCACGGAUCCCGACAACUCCGCCGACAUGCGCUCCGUUCUGGACACCAAUGUCCUGGGAUUCGUCUGGUGCGCCCGCGAGGCAUUCAAAUCGCAGCAGAAGCGCGAUGUCACCGACGGUCAUGUGGUGGUCAUCAACAGCGUUGUGGGCCACAAAAUUCCCACACUGCCAGGAUUUAACUUCAAAAUGUAUGCCCCUUCUAAGUACGCAGUCACCGCCUUAGCGGAGGUCCUGCGCCAGGAGUUCCAGCUAAAGAAGACACAGACAAAAAUUACAAGCAUAAGUCCCGGAGCCGUCGACACGGAGAUCAUUGAUGAAAAAAUCAAGGAGGCUUUGCCAAACUUUCCAAUGCUGCGUGCUGAGGAUGUUGCCGAUGCAGUUUCUUACUGCAUCCAGACGCCUCCCAAUGUGCAAAUCCAUGAGCUGAUCAUCAAGCCAAUUGGAGAAUCUUUUUAACUGGUGCCUCAAUGGAAUUGAAAGUUUAAAGACGUUGUAACUCGUGAAUAUCAAAAUUGAAAGCGGAUUCCACACAAAACCGGAAUUGAUGUAAAUAAAGAAAACCAAACUUAUGUUUACAGAGAGAAAAUUAAUAAAUAAAUUGCCUAUAUGGAAAGCAUUUAUUGGCCAUAAA